AUAAGUCUAUAUAAUAGUGCGAAGUACAAAUAAGCAACCAGCUGUGCUUGUCUGACAUUUGAUCAGUUGUUGUUUAGUUCUAAAAUAUGCGUUGUUCGCCUUCUUCGUAUCAUUCAAGUUUCAAGUUCACGGAAACUGAAAGUUAUUUUAUUAAAUUCAAAAUAAAAAAUUGAAUUGUAUAUUCGCCUCCUUCUUCAAAACAUCUGAUUGAUUAAUAUUGUAAAUCCAGCUUUGCAAACAAUUAUCUGAGCCUCAUACUUGAAUGAUUCUGUUGUCAAUAAAAUUGAUCAAUUUCAACAUCAGACAAAAUGAGCUGCCCCCGUGCUGAUCCUGUUGCUCUAAGCUUUAAUGAUACUCUCCUCCGAGUAUCCGACAUACAGCUCUUACAAGGCCCACACUGGUUAAAUGACCAAAUCCUCUCAUUCUACUACGAAUAUCUUGAAAGAUUAAAAUACAAAACCAAUAGUGAUCUGCUAUUUGUUUCGCCAGAAGUCACACAGUGUAUGAAGAUGAUGGACGACACGGAACUUGAAUCUCUUCUCGAACAACUUAAUGCUGAUAAAAAGCCUUUUAUAUUCUUUGCUCUCAACGAUAACGAAUCACAUCGUGCUGGUGGAACACAUUGGAGCUUAUUAGUAUUCUCAAGACCCGAACGAACAUUCUUCCAUUUUGAUUCAUUGGGAAAUUCAAAUCAAAGCACCAUGCAACAAUUUGUAAAUCGCAUCAAAGAUGCUUUGAAUUGUAGAAAUUGUCACAUGAAACCAAUCCGUUGUCUCCAACAGUCGAAUAGUUAUGACUGUGGUAUUCAUGUUCUCUGUAUGACGGAUAAUAUUGCCGACUACGUUAAUCGAUUCGAAUGCAUUGAUGGAGUAGGGCCAUUGCACCAUGACACGAUUAGUGCGAAGCGCGGUGAGCUCCUAAAGUUGAUUGCAUCUUUAGGCGGAAAAGUUUAGGAGUUUAAUUUUAAGUUAUCUGAAAUAUGAAAUGUCGUUAAACGACUCCAUUACUUGAAGAAGACAUUAAUUUAAUUUGAAUUAAUAUUUUAAAAACAUUAAUUACAUAUGUAUGAGUUUAAAUAUUGUCAUUAUUUUUUAAUGUUUUUGAAUUAUCAGAUAUACGAGUAUAUGUAAGGUUUUUCUUUUGGUCAGCUAAAUUCUAAAUAUAUAUUGAUACAUAAACAAGAAAAACUUCAGUUCCUUUCACUUAAAUUAUUCUUUUUAUACUCCAAAAGGUUGUGUUACUUUGCUUUCUUACUAUCAGAAAACCAAAUAAAAUAAAUCUGAUAAGAUUAUCCUUAAAAACAUUAAAUAUUUUCGAAUAUAAGAAUGAAACAACAACAACUUGUGUGUGCUACCACCAAGUUCAUAGGCUGGAGUUAUAGCUAUUUCACGGGGGCCAACCCGAUCAUCAGACUCCUUUAGUGGUGCUUAAUCGCUUUUUGUUCAAUUUAAUUUUUGAAGAACUUUUGCCCGAGCUGGGCUUGAACAAGCGAUCUAGCGUGUGAGGAGCUAGUGCACUACGCACUACGCCACCGCACCCACAUGAAAGUUGUAAGCCAAUUACAGGUUUUUUCGUUCUAUCGUACUAUACUGAACCGAUUAGCAUUUUUCUAAGCACACACAAGUAAUUGUUGUUGUUUUAUUCAGUUUCUUUCUAUUAUCUCCUCUCUUUUUCAUAAGCCAACGAUUUCGAUUGGAUUCGUAUGAGGAGGGAGAUGGGGCGAAAGAGUUGACACGGGUCAAGAUUUUUUAAUUUUUACAAUUUUAAGGAGGUUUUUGUAUGAAAUUUUAUACUCACAGUUUUAAGGCAGCUGCUUGCCGAAUUUAUAAUUAUUGAAUAUAAGAAUGAAACAACAACAACUUGUGUGUGCUACCACCAAGUUCAUAGGCUGGAGU